UACUUAGACCUGUUGUUUUUCCUUUGGUUAAUAAAAUGUAGAGCAGUGUACAUAAUCUUUGAGUGUAACAUUAAGAUUUGUGUAUUAUCUAGCAAUGUAUUUUUCUUUCUGUUAUAUUUCAGUUACAAAAAUCCACUUAUAAAAGUAGGGGUGCUUUCCCCAUACAGCGCCCCUACACUCCAUUUUUGAAUGAUGCUUUAUUUAGGAGAUAUUCAAAGCACAGUGUUAUUGUUUCCUUACUGAACCUUACACUUCUCCACAACUUUAACUCUGACCUGUCUGCUGUGUUCUUUUGUCUUUAUGACACUAAAAUGUCUCACAAUUAGGCCUUACUUUGUGUAGUUCAGUAACAUGAAACCCUAACGAAAUAAAUAGACGUUUGUGGCUGUAACUUGACAAAAUGUGAAAAAGUCCAAGGGUGGGAAUAUUUUUAGCAAGGCACUCUAAGUAACAGCCAUUAUCCAUAUUUAAUAAUAAUAUUUUGUAGAUGCAAGUACAUUUAUAAAAUCUCUUAGGAUAAGAAUAAAAAUUAAACCAAAAUAAUAUUUAAAAAUCAACGUCUGGUAUUUCGGAACGGCCGUGCAGACUGAACAAGACAGUCUGCACGUGACAUUUGUCAGCAGCGGAGAAAGUGUGUGUUCCUCUUGGGAUCCUGUCUGAGGCCCAUCUCCCGGUAACCUCUCGCCCUGUUUUGAAAUUAGCUCCUAAGACAUCCAGAGUUUAGUGUGCAAAUCUUGUUCUACUAUUAGAGGGUGGUUCUGCCCGUCUGCAGUGGUCUCACCUCCUAGCACAAACGUCACGGCAGAAGAAGAGACGGCCCCCUCACCCCACCAGAUCCUCAGCCUGCCGACUGUAGUACUAUUAUAGUUCAAGCAAAGGCUAAUUGUUGGUCAUUUACAAAGGCUGCACAGUCCAAGCCUUCGGAUGGCAUUUCUGCCUCUCGCUACUGUAAGUGAUAUUACAGGGGGGCGAUAUCUGCCUCCUUGCAUUGUUCUCCUAUUCCGUAAGGGGAGACGAUGGUGCCGAUUGUGGGUUUCACACUCCUCUGCCUCUGCUGCUGGGCAUCUUUCUACUUCAUCUUGUGCUUCUUCAAUAGACAUAGGAGCUACGAAUGGAACUGUCGCCUCGUCACCCUGGUACACGGCAUGGUGGCGAUUUGCAUCACAGCUUACAUAGGGUAUGUGGAUGGACCCUGGCCAUUCAGUGAGCCAGGCACCAAGAACACCCCCUUGCAAAUAAGUGCCUUGGUGAUCAGUCUGGGCUAUUUCCUUUUUGACAUGGCCUGGUGCUUGUACUUCCACACUGAGGGACUUGUCAUGCUGGCCCACCACACCAUGACAAUUCUGGGGAUUAUAAUGACCCUGUGGCUGGGCGAGUCCGGAAUCGAAUCGUGCGCCGUUCUCUUUGGCAGCGAAAUCACCAACCCCCUCCUGCAGACGCGCUGGUUCCUCAAGCAGACGGGACGCUACGAGACUCCACUCGGGGACGCUGUGGAUGUCCUGUUUGUGCUGCUGUUUGUUGUGAUGCGAAUCUUUGUGGGAGGUACAAUGCUGUACUGUGAGCUGAUCUCGCCGAGACCCUUAUUCCUCAUCAAGUGUGGAGGAGUGGCCAUGUACGCUCUGUCCUGGGCCUUCAUGGUGGACAUUGUUGGCUUUGUAAUGCGGAGGGGCAAGAGAUGGCACCAGGAGAGAGACCAACGGCGGAGGGCUGCAGCUAAGAAGGACUGACAGGCGUUUCGGCUUCUGGAGGAAAUCAGUUUACCUGACUUUACAUCAGCUUUUCACUUCAGACACUCAGUGGAUUUUUUUUUUUUCAGUCUACAGGAAAAUCAGCUUUCUGCAUUGACAGAUUUAUAAAAAAGUAGUUUUUUGUGUGUAAAUGGAAUGCACUAUGCCAUCUUUUUUUGAAAAGUCUACCAUGUGUGCAUUUAAAAAUAUAUAUUUUAGUUUAUAUGCACCUGAUGAUUGUUAUUUCAAAGGUACAAACAACAUGUCUAUAACGAGGACUGAAAACCAAAGCACUUUUAUAAAAACACAUGUUGCUUUCAGCUGCUGUGAACUGUGGCCCAGUCAUUUGUGGUGGUGCUGUUCCAAACAGGGAGUUUACAAUUUAGAAAGUGAGACAGUCAGACCUCGGGGUGGCUGUUGAACAGUUUUUGUCAGACAAAAACAUUAAGACAGCUUUCUGUGCUUCCUUUCAGUUGUUUUUUUGUUGUUGUUGUUUGUUUGUUUGUUUGUUUGUUUUGUGUGCUCUAAGAGAAACGCAGUGCUUAUUUGAAAACUCAAUACAGUUUGGGACAUUUUUUUCCCACUCGCAUUGUGAAUGUGCUAAUGUGAUAGAUCUACCCAAAAUCUGCGACGUUGUACUUCAUUUCCUGUCUGUGUGAGCUAAAAUGAUCCUGAAUUACUUAUUAACAUUUUACCUUUAUUUGUUGUAUAAAAGCCUCAUUUAAUUGUAAUACAGUAAAAACAAAAUGCCUGGUGUAACUAGUUUAGAGAAAAAGUAUUUGGUACUAGAACCAUUAUAUUCAGAUAACUGACAUUCACUGAGUGUUUGUGUGAUUGUCGAGAAAGUCUCUUCAGUCUUUGUUGACAGCAGAAAUUACCCUUAUGGCAAAUUAUUUGUCUGGAUUUUGAUGUUUUUCUUAAGGCACUGAUGCACUUUUUUAACAUCCCUACUCUGUUUGUUGAAUCUUUGGAACAAACAGGCUCUGUCAGCCAAAAUGUUGGAGAUCAGGUUUGAGCUUACAGCAUCAAUCCGUGCCAAGGAAGGUACCAAGCCAUCAGCUUUCAUGUUUGCUGACACAAUAUCUUUGUGGCAUAUAAUCAUUUGUUUGUAAAGAGAAGAAAGUACAAAAAUAAGUUCUCUGUGCCUUAUCUAAAAUGUACUUACUGCCCUUUGUAUGUGUUAUGUUUUUCUUUUCUUGUGCUGUGAUCUAAAUGCUCCAACACCAGACUGUAAAGUGAAAACAUUGUCUUUGAUUUAAUUGUCUUUGUAAUUCCGAUUGAAAUAAUAAUAAAAAGAUCCUUGUGUAUGUUUUCCACAUCA